AUUUUGUUCGCCGCUUCUCUGCUCGUAAGUCGCUUCUUACCGUGGCUUCUUUGAGGAGAAAAGUUUAAAAAGGGUAAAAGUUUUAAAGAGUAUCCUGGAAACUGUGCGGAUAAGCAUAGCGAGUCUCCAUUUUCUCUCUGCAGCAGACGUCGGUAGUGCGGUUCCGGAGUAGCGGGGAAGAUGCGGCCCGUGGACAUCGUCGAGCUGGCGGAACCGGAGGAGGUGGAGGUGCUGGAGCCCGAGGAGGACUUCGAGCAGUUCCUGCUGCCCGUCAUCAACGAGAUGCGGGAGGACAUCGCGGCGCUGACCCGCGAGCACGGCCGGGCGUACAUGCGGAGCCGGAGCAAGCUGUGGGAGAUGGACAGUAUGCUCAUCCAAAUCAAGACGCAGGUGGAGGCCUCGGAGGAGAGCGCCCUCAACCACCUGCAGAGCCCCGGCGGCGGCGGCGACGGCCGAGCGGCCACAAGGUGCGAGAAGGCCGAGGAGAAGGCCCAGGAGCUCGCCAAGAUGGCAGAGAUGCUGGUGGAGCUGGUGCGGCGGAUAGAGAGGAGCGAGUCGUCCUGAGGAGGGCCGGCGGUUCACAGCCAGCGAGUUCUGGUCAACUGAUGGAGAUUGGCUGACACCCUGGAGAAGCUGAAACCAGAGAGCCUUUUGUUUUCUCUUUUUUUCUGUCUACACUCUGUUCUCACUUACACUACGUUUCUGCUAUGGUCUGUGGUUGUUGACCUCAAUAUGAGUUGUGACCCAUUAAAUGUUUUUGUUUGGGGAAAUAAUUUUUAUUUGAAAAAUGCUGUCACAAGAAUUAGGGCCUAGAUUGUAAGCUCUUGCAGCUGGCAUACUUGUUCCUGGGCUUCGGUUAUUUCCCAAUUUUGAGGUGCUUUGCUCUUUUUUGUGUGACCUGACAGCUCCCUGGAACUUUGGGUCUGUGCCUCUAAGACUGAGAGUUGUAGUUCUCCAGCUCUGUAGGUGCAGGAGCUGCAUUACUUCUGGAAGACGACUCCAUGCAGCAGCCGCUAAAAGGAACCAGACUUCAACCAGGAUGUGAAUGGGGCUGAUCUGGCUGGAACAGUCAGGAGUGGAAGACGGUUUGGCCUGUAUGUUGGGAUUUUAAUUUCUGCGUGAGACCAAAGGAGGAAAGAUGUAUUUUGUUCAAAAUUUAAAUUUUAAUGUGGCACACUAUCUGAUGUAAUCUGGUCAGUUUGGACAACCUAACUCAGCUUUAUUUGAUAUGGAACUUAGAAUAGGAGAUGAGAUCUUGGUAUUCUGUACAAGUUGAUAUAUUGCCCCCAUGCAUUGCAGGGGGUUCUGGACAUAAAAUGGAAGAGAUACUUGCAGAGGCCCUUGAGGGGCUGAGGAAGAAAAAUAAGGACUGUCUGCAUUGGACCCUAAACUGGACAGGGACUAGGUAUCUGCAAGGUUCAUAAAUUGUCCAGCUGUAAGUUCAUUUAAGUAGCAGACUUGACAAGUAUUUGAGGUCAAAACCCUACCAUGUGUUUAAAAAACUGUUAAUAAAAGUAUUCAUUUGCUUGAAAAGACAA